AUGGUCUACGCAUGUGAGUGUACACACGCGGCACUUUCUCUUGAAGCUCGCCACUGGCUUUUAAAGAGGGUGGCGGGAGGCUCGGGAAGGUGGGCGGCAGGCGAGCCGUUCCGAACGGGUGACCACAGUGGGCGGCGUGCGGACGGCCACGCGCACCUACGUGCGUCUCUUAGUUCUAACGCACCGUGCUUCGCUACCUGUCCAGCACGUCGCAAAUGCAGCAGACGCUGCCGUCUUAAUAGGGCGCAU